GCACUGGUGUUACAUACUAAUUUCAUGCAUCUGUGUGUCUGCGACAAUGUUCCUCACGCCCACAAAUACAGGCUUCUGAAAUAUACGGGAACAAAUGUCAGGAAACAAAACGAUUCAACAAAGGAUUUGAGUCACAUCGAAAACAGCUAACUAAGCUCUAGUGAAGGCCAGUCCAGAUGGCUUUCAUGUCCAGACUGUCUCGGUCGAGGAGUAAUUCCAGGUCUCCCAGCAGAAGGGACUCAGAGAAGGGCUGUCCUGUACUAACUGUUGCUGAACUCGAGCGUCUGCUGUACACUGGAAAAACAGCCUGUAAUCACACAGAUGAAGUGUGGCCAAGACUCUACAUAGGUGACCAAGAAAUCGCCUCUAACCGCAAAGAACUUGUAAAGCUCAGGAUCACGCACAUCCUGAACUGUGCACAGAGCAAAUGGAGAGGAGGUGCAGAGAAUUACAUUGGCAUGAACAUCACGUAUCAUGGCAUUGAAGCACACGACUCGCCCUCCUUUGACAUGAGUGUCAACUUCUACCCAGCAGCCGAGUUCAUUCACAGAGCACUCAGCACAGGAGGAACGGUGCUUGUGCACUGUGCUGUUGGUGUGAGCCGAUCUGCCACACUUGUGCUGGCCUACCUCAUGAUCCGCCAGAAAAUGACUUUAGUGGAGGCCAUCAAGACUGUGAAGGAUCACAGAGGCGUGACUCCAAACCGUGGUUUCCUACGGCAGCUUAGCGGUCUGGACAGCGUACUGCGUGCCAGCCGCAAUGCAACAUAAAGCCACCGGUAGCGCUAGAAGAACUUUUCUCCAACCUUCCUGGAAGGGGUGGGGCCAGAAGGGUGGCACGGGGUGGCAGCUGCCACCCCAACUCGGACCCCACUCACAUCCUGGAGACGGUGCACAGCGGCUUAACCUGUCCGUGUCGCGCAUGGUCCAUAACAACAUUCCGCAACCCCCUCCUCAUGCCCCGCUCUGACAGGACACAACGUCUCUCGUUGUUCCUAGUCAACCCCACCUCACCCCCCCAGUCGGAUGGAACUCAUAUGUAUACAACACAGCACACCCAACCCAAAAAAAUCCUGGACACGUCCCUGCUUCCUGGUCCAGGCCUUGACCUAAUGCGUGUCAAAUGCUGGUAAAUGAAAGGAGUGUAUCUUCACAUACAGUGUUCUCCUAUAGUCAGUAGAAAUGCCUUAUUACAUCAGGACCUCUAGAAAUGUGCAUAAUGCCUUAUUCACAUCUGUUCACGUGACCACUUAAAUGUUACUGUAGAUUUUUUUGACAAUGUUGCUCUGAGUUGACCACCACAAAGAAGUACAUUUUGUUGAACAGAACAGGAGUACUUUUAAGAAGGGUAAUUUGGAGAAGUGAUCUCAUUAUUAAAGCCAGGUGUGGCAAUAGCAUGGUACAAUGAUUGUAUCAGAUGAUACCAUGGUUCUGCAAUUCAUGUACCAUGGUAUUUACACAGUACUCUAUGGUAGUACCACAGAAUUUUUUGGUACUUUUUUGUAAGUGUCAGUAGAUGACUAGGGUUUGAUAGGGAUUUUAAAAAAUAACAAACAUUGGAAACAAGUAAUGGAAUAAAAUAUUAUGUUAUUAGCACAUAAAGACCUAUUCACACCAAGCCAGAAUGUUCAGUGCUUUUGAAUGGGAACAAUGGACUCCUAUGGUGCUAUUCACAUCGGGUCUGUCAAAUCGUCUGCCAACAAUUUAAAGGAUUUUUAAUUUUUAUUUUGUGAAGAGCAGUCCAUUUGUUUUUUUCUUUGGACUGCAAAGAAAACCGACUGACCAAUGAGAUAAGUGCUUUAAGUCACGUGUCCCGACCUGCUGCAGCUACAAAAUCCAACGUGUUGGUGGCGCCCACACACUAAAAGUUACUUAACAAACCAGCAUUAAACACCUAAAGAACAACUGCCAUUGAAGAUGGACGUGGAGCUGCUGCUGUUGUUCAUGCUGAUGUUGAUGAACUCCAUUUAGUUUUCUUUGUAAAAUGGUUCGCUAAAAUAUUUGCUCGUCUUUUCUGGCAAACUCAUAAGUAGUGUUUUGGCUUUUUUCUUCUCUGCCUCUUCUGUGAUAGAAUGCUGUCGCAUCACCUAGUGUACUGUAAUAAAAUUGCUUUUCAUUAAGCAUCACCUAUUGUUCGGGAGGGAAUUUCCAUUUUAUAUAGUCAGAGAAAAAAUUUGUCUCAGUCCUGGUGUGAAUAGGCCUUUCGUCGGUAGUUUGUCGCUCAAAUUUGUCUCCGAUUUGGUGUAAAAGGAAUAGUUCACCCGCUUUCUUUCUUCUGCAGAACACAA